AUGUCCGGCGUCGACGCUUCCGACGAUCAGGACCUCUGCGAGUACGAGCUCCUGCGCGAGGAGAACAUCAGGAAGAACAAGGCGUUCAUGCUCUCGCUCGGACUUCAGGAGCUCGGGCAACGCGUCGGCGGUCAAGACGCGCCCGCCGCCGGCGGCGCGACCGGGUUCCAGCCCGUGCGCCGCCGCGUGCCGCAGACGCCCGCGCCCGCGUCGCACCCGAUGAGCCUGCGCGAUCGCACGACGCCCAUCAACUACGCGGAGAAGGACCCCGCGCCGCCGCGGGCGAAAAACUCCGGCGCGAAGCGCGCGCGCGACGAGUUCGACUCCGAGCCCGAGGAGUCCGUCGACGGCCGCGACUCCGACUUCGAGUCGGAGUGGGAGUCGGAGUGGGACAACGAGCCGCACCCGGACGUGAACUACAACGCGGGCUACACGAGCUUGAAGCAGGUCUACGACGAGGACCCGGAGAAGCAGGCGCAGGGGAUGCGGAUGGCGCACCUGAAAGUCGCGAAGAACGACGACGACUGGCACCGCUUGUUCAACAAACAGUCGCGCGAGAGGCGGCUACAGCGGAAACAGCUCCUCGACGGGUGGGCGGCGAGGAAAGCCGCGAAGGAGGCGAGGCGCGCAGCGAGGGAGGCGAGGCGCGCGGCGAGGCUCGCGGCGAAGAACGGCGAGCCGCUCGCGCUGGAGCUCGAGGAGGAGCCCGAGCCCGAGGAGGAGGAGGACGACUGGCGCCCCGCGCCGCCCGCGCCGACGAACCGCGGCGGCGGCGGUCGCGGCGGCGGCGGCGGCGUCGGCGUCGGCGGCAGAGCGCGCGCGAUUACUUUCGCCGUCCCGACCGGGGGCGUGGUCGAGAUCGUGCCGGGUAUUAACCCGAAGAACCGUCGCGCACACCCUGUGUACGCCAAGGCGCCGCGCGGGCCGAAGCCGGCUGGCGGGCUGUGCGAGAUGGGGUGCGGCCGCUCACACGAUCUGCGGAACACCUCUAAGUGGUACCGCAAGACCCUGAACGGCGUGGAGGUCCGCUGCUGCAACGCGUGCCGGAUGACGGUGGAGAACCACGUCAAGUUCCCGCGCGGCGGCGUCACCGUGUGCGUGCGCUGCCCCGCGACGGAGACGAGCAAGUUCUGCGUCGUCAAGGGCACGGGCAUCGUCUGCAACCCCUGCGCGUGCACGCUCCGCAAGGAGAAGAAGCACGCCGCCGGCAUCAAGUGCGUCGAGUGCAAGCAGCUCAACCGGCCGGGCCUGGCAGCGGUCGAGGGGGAGGACGGCGCGCACAUCUGCCUCGCGUGCUGGAACACGAAGCGCGCGAAGGAGCUCAACGACGCCCGGACGACGUGCGUCCAGUGCGGUAAGGGAGGCAAGUCGACCUGGACCGCGUGCCCGGGCGGGUUCAACUGCAACGCGUGCUACCGGAAGGAGCUCCGCGCGGCGAAGAAGCAGAAGAAGUAA